AUGGAUGUCAUCAAUCGGGGCCUGCCUGCCUGGGAAGACCGGGCUCAAGCCAAAAUCGACCGGCUUCAAGCUGAACUGGAUAAACAACGUACCGAAACAAACCAACUUCAAUCUGACAAGAAUGCAUUGCAGCAAGAAAAUCUGGAACUUAUGAAAGUUCGCGUUAUGAAGUGCAAAGUAUGUAAUGGUCAGCCAGAUCGCUGGAGGAAGUUUCUAUGUGGGCACAUGUUUUGUGAAGACUGCAAGAUGUAUCAUGUCUCUCCACUCCGCAUCCUGCGCCAUUUGCGGACAGGCUAUUACUGGAUACAGUAUUGUCUAUCCCUUUGCCGGAUGAGUGAGUGGUCUCCUGUUUAUGUGGCUGUCUUGAAUAAUAACGGUUUCAUAUACCGUAAAAGCUGA